AUGCAGUUCACAUCGAGGCAACAGGAACGCGAUUCAGUACUAUUUUAUAAUAUCGAUAUCAUGGAAAAAUCACCGGCUCAUAACUCAAGAACUACUACUACUGAUGCUAUUCUAGAGCAAGGCGUCAACAAGAAGGCGCACGCUAUUUCAAUAGAGAAAAGCAAACGAUUAGGACACGUUCCUCCGAGGUCAAGUUCAUUUGUCGUCAAAGAAGAAGAUGGCUCAACGCAUCCCAUUCCUCAGCAGAACACAUGUGCCGUGGUUGGUAACAGUGGGAUUCUUCUCGAUAGCAAUUGUGGUGAAGCGAUUGACUCUAACGACUUCGUCAUCCGCUGUAACAUCCCUGAAAUUGAGAAGUACAGCCGGGAUGUUGGAACCAAAACAAAUAUUACCCACAUGAAUCCACGUAGGGUUCACGAUCUAUUUGAACAUGCCAGACAAAAUAAGGAUUACCUUAAUCUUUAUGAGGAUUUUCGAUUUUUAAAUAAUUCGAUACUUUGGAGUCGCGGUUCUGCUGAAAGUGCUGGAACACAGAAUCUACUCUAUUCAACCAAUUACCUAAUGUCAAAGUUCAAUCUUAAUUUCCGGAUAGCGUAUACGAAAGGCAAACUGUGGUGUACAAUAAUACAAAGAUAUAUGAAUGAAAUAAACGUUCCCACAGCAGGUAUGCUCGCAAUUGCUGAAGCCUUUUGUCUCUGUGAUAAAAUCAGCGUAUAUGGAUUUUAUCCUUUUCUUACGGGACCAGACGACAGGACGGUACCUUAUCAUUAUUUUGGAGAGAUGACAACCAAAACAUUAGAUAACUUUGACACAGGACAUAACUUUAGACAGGAAUACUCGAUAUUACAAUUAUUGGACAGAGAUGGAAUUUUGGAAUUAGUCUCUGUCAAAUGUAAAUAA